AUGCGGAAACUUUCCAUGCCACCCCACAUGUUGUCAGCGUGGGAAGGGAACGAUGUCACCUUGGCUACCGACAUCAAGUGCUCACCCUUGGGGUUGUUGAAGGUUCGACUGAAGAUGGUAGGAAGGUUAUGGGAGGGAACGGUUUUAGUGAUGGAUUAUCUCACAACAGAGCUGAUCAUUGGAGUUGACUUAAUUCGUGAAACUGGAUUGUUAAUAGACCUCCAGCACAUGAAGGUGUGGUAUUCUAGCUCAGCCAAAGGGGUGCCUAUCCCACCUACCAAGACGACACAAGAACUUCCAGUGCUUGUGGCAGCGGGUGAUUCUCCAAUUCUGGAAGUGGAAGGAACCACCUCCUUGCAAAAUAGUAGCACAACAGGCUCAUCCUCCAAGGAAAAGCACAGUCAGCUACAGGAUGUACUGCAACGGUUCUCAGAAGUUUUAGGGGACCAUAUGGGCAGAAGUGACACUGUUCAACACCAUAUUACAACAAAUGGAUCCCCACCCUGUCGGCAGAGACCUUAUCCAUACAGCCCAGAGAAGCGAAUGUCCAUCCAGCAGCAAGUUGAAGAAAUGCUGAAGUUAGGUGUGGUUGAGCCCUCUAAGUCACCCUGGGCAUCUCCUGUAGUCAUCGUUAAAAAGAAAGAUGGCAGUGAUCGCUUCUGCGUAGACUACAGGAGACUUAAUCAGGCAACCCAAACAGAUGCCUUUCCUAUGGUGAACAUGCGGGAGGUCCUUGACAGUCUUCAUGGGGCAGUCUACUUCAGCACUCUAGACUUACGCUGUGGAUAUUGGCAGAUAGCUAUGUCACAAGACAGUCGGGAAGCGACCGCUUUCAUUACACACAUGGGACUGUACCAGUUCAAAGUCAUGCCUUUCGGGCUAAAGAAUGCUCCAGCCACGUUCCAGAGGCUUAUGAAUGAGCUCCCACCGGAAGAAGCCAUAACAGUCCUUGUCUCUACCGUAGUGGAGGGGAACCCUCCACGCCUUUUAAGCCGAGAUAUUGUUCAAGAGGAGCAAAAGAAGGAUGGGUACCUGUUGCCUAUCAUUGAGUACCUCAGUCAUGGAACUGUUCCCCCCUGCAAAGAGCAAGCAGCAAGAAUCAGAGGAAGGAACAUUUUCUGCAUUUCUUACUUAAAACCGUCUCUGAUUUUUCACUCCUGUUUGUUUUUUCCAGGUUCCAGUCCAGCAGUUAAAGCAUGGACCCAGUUAAGGAAUUUAAAAAUACUGAGAGGAGAGAAAUUAAAAUAUACCAGAGGAGAGAAACCGUAUCACUGCUCUGACUGUGGAAAGAGUUUCAGGCACUCAGGAGACCUUGUGAUACACCAGCGAAUUCACACAGGAGAGAAACCCUAUCGCUGCUCUGACUGUGGAAAGAGGUUCAAGUCAUCAGGACACCGUACAGCACACCAGCGAAUUCACACAGGAGAGAAACCGCAUUGCUGCUCUGACUGUGGAAAGAGUUUCAGGAACUCAGGAGACCUUUCAAAACACCAACGAAUUCACACAGGAGAGAAACCUUAUCGCUGUUCGCACUGUGGGAAGAGUUUCAGUCGGUCUGGAAAUUUUGAAUUGCAUAAGCGAACUCACAAAGGAGAGAAACCAUAUCACUGUUCUGACUGUGGGAAGAGUUUCAGUCGGUCAGAACACCUAUUAAUACAUCAGCGAAUACACACUGGAGAGAGACCGUAUCACUGCACUGACUGUGGGAAGAGUUUCAGUCGAUCGGGACAACUUGUAACACACCAGCGAAUUCACACAGGAGAGAAACCAUAUUACUGCUCUGACUGUGGGAAGAGUUUCAGGGAUUCAACAGACCUUGUAAAACACCAGAGAACUCACACAGGAGUAAAGCCAUAUCACUGCUCCGACUGUGGUAAAAGUUUCAGUCAGUCAGGACAACUUGGAAAACAUCAGCGGAUUCACACAGGAGAAAAAACGUUUCAUUGCUCUGACUGUGGGAAGAGUUUCAGUUCGUUAGCAAACCUUGUUUCACACCAGCGAAUUCACUCAGGAGAGAAACCGUAUCACUGCUCUAACUGUGGGAAAAGUUUCCGUCACUCAGCAUCCUUUGCUGUACACCGGCACAUUCACACAGGAGAGAAACCGUAUCACUGCUCUCACUGUGGGAAGAGUUUCGGUCACUUGGCAUCCUUUGCUGCACACCAGCGUAUUCACACAGGAGAGAAACCGUACCGCUGCUCUGACUGUGGAAAGACUUUCAGACGGUCGGGACACCUUGUUUCACACCGGCGCAUUCACACAGGAGAGAAACCGUACCGCUGCUCUGAUUGUGGGAAGAGUUUCAGUCAGUCAAGAUCCCUUGUUACACACCAGCAAAUUCACACAGGAGAGAAAAAAAAAAGAAAAUGUAAAUAAUGUUCCUGCAUAAAAAUAACUUUUAUCCAUUUUGCUUCCUGGCAUUUCAGCACAGCAGUGUGCUGCUGAAUAGUGUGGCUGCCCAAGCCGAGGAGACAGUCAGAACAAAUCCUUAAAUGGAAUUUACUAGUGUAACGACCUCGCCCUUAGCACAAAGCCAACCACUAUGGAGUGAUUACCUCCCUAUAUUAAAUAUAUCCCAUGACAAAAACAAGUUCGA